CUUCAGAGCAGUGCAUGCCACGACUCACUCGAUCACAGACCAAGACCAUGGACCGGAAGGAGGGAGAAUCCCUCCUGGCCUAUGAGGAACGCCUGGCUGCUUUCAUCCAGGAGGCCAAUGACAGGGCUGCCGCCGGGGCCAAGGAACGUGGUCGGAUUGAGCAAGAAGAGGAGGCCAAGCGACAAAAGGAAAAACAGGACCGACUUCGUCAAGAGGAGGCAGACCUGCUGGCGACAGCCGAACACCGGUCACGCAUCAGCCCUUGCGCAGGUCUCCCACGACCUCGUGGCCACCUGCGCUCUGCAGCAAGAGGAAAUCCUUCACCUGCAGCAAACAGUGGACCAGAUGCUCGCACGGCUGCAGGCGUUGGAAAAACAACCAGCUGUUGUAGCAGCCGCAGGGCCUUCAAACCUUGCCACCCGUGUUCAAGUUCUGGAGGACGACGUCAGCAAUAUCAAGCGUGUGCAUCAGGACUUCAGGACGUCGCAGCAAGCAACGAACUUGCAGUUGGAGACGAAGGUCCAGGCUGCUGCCACCGUGACGCCCGCCGCCGCAUCCUCCAGGCGACCACCCAAACUGGAUGACAUUCCAGUUUUCUGUGAUCAGUCCAAGACGGAACCGAUCCCGUUGUGGCGCCAGUUUACUCUCAGGCUCGACAUGCACCAUGUCCCGAACAACGACCGACAUCCGUGCUUGUACCACCGAUCUGGUGGUGCAUGUCAAGCAUGGCUGGACAACAUCUUGACCAGCCACGGCGUAGCAGUGUCAGAACUGCACACCAAGCUCACUUGGCAGGAGUUGACUGACGCGUGGCACAAGCGAUUCCAAGUGGAGCCGCCCGACCUGCAAGCGAUGGACAAGCUCAACAAGCUCCAUCAGAACACGCUGCUCAGUCAGGACUGGAUUACCGAGUUCCAAAGACUCGCCUCCACACCUGACCUGCCGCUCGCAUUCCGCGCCAUCAAGCACUUGUUUAUCAUGCGCUCGUGUCCAGCUCUGCAAAACGCGCUGACGCAGAUUGCAGAGACACUCGACCCAUCUGACAAGCUUUUCAGCACAGCGUCACGGAUCAUUCUCACGAAUAUCGAAGCCCGCAACGCCGGCCGAUCUUCCGCGACGACGAGCGGCACCCAGCCCAAGCCAAAGGUGGCUUGCAUUACUUCUACCGAGGCUGCAACACCAAACGAGGGUGAAGUGUUGGCAGCUGCCCAGGAUGGUGGCCGGCCGCGCAACAACCACGGCCGCGACAAGACGAAGACUCAGUCCACCUCUACACCGAGCACCGGAUCAGCCGCCGACGAACCUUGGACGCAAUACGGACUCUCGACGAAUUCCUAUCGCACGCGACUCAAGUACCGUUAUUGCCUUUGGUGCAACAGCACCAUCCACGAUGUUGCACAUUGCCCCACCAAGGGGAAACCCCGUCCGGGAAAGUAGGCGCCGCCGAGGGUGACUCUACAUCUCCCUCUACGCCAUCGGAAGCGGUUGUGGCCACGACCGCCCUUUCUUCCGAGGCAUAUGCGGAUGUC